AUGGUAUCCAAGAUGCAUGCUGUAUGCAUCCCAUUCCCAGCUCAAGGGCAUGUAACCCCAAUGCUUCAGCUUGCAAAACUUCUUCACCACAAAGGCCUUCACAUAACAUUCGUCAACACCGAGUACAACCAUAAGCGUCUUCUCCGAUCCCGAGGUCCCGAAUCGCUCGGCGGUGUGCCGGACUUUCGCUUCGAAACCAUCCCCGAUGGCCUCCCGCCGUCUGAUGAUGAUAAUGUCACCCAAGACGUUUUCUCUUUGUUGGAUUCCUUCUCGACCAAUGGCUUGGAACCGUUUCGUCGUCUUCUUCGCAAGCUCAACGACAGCGCCGAUGCGCCCCGCGUAACCUGCAUUGUUGCGGAUUUUCACUUGUCGUUCUCCACAGAAGCAGCUCAAGAGGUUGGGGUCCCUUGCGUAACUUUAUGGACGGCCAGCAUUGCGUCAUUGGUUUGCUACGCUCACAUCCCACUUCUGUUUGAAGAAGGGUUAACCCCAGUCUCAAGUGGUUUAACUAAGGAAUAUCUUGAUUCUGUGAUAGAAUGGAUGCCUGGAAUGAAAGAUAUACGUUUCAGGGAUUUUCCAAGUUACGUUAGAACUACGGACCGAAACGAUGCGAUGCUCAAUUUUAUCCUCAAUCAACCAUCCUACGACUUCAAAUUUUCGGCUGUGAUUUUCAACACAUUCGAGUCGUUGGAGAAAGACGCUUUGGAUUUUGUGUCUUCACUCAUCGAUCCUCUUCCCGUUUACGGCAUCGGUCCUCUUCAUUUACUUGUCGAUGAGAUCAAAGAUGAUAAACUAAAACAUAUUGAUUCUAAUAUGUGGGCUGAACAAUCCGAAUGUCUCGAAUGGCUUGAUUCUAAACAACCCGAAUCGGUAAUCUACGUAAAUUUCGGGAGUAUUGCCGUAAUGAGUCCUCAACAAAUGAUCGAAUUCGCUUGGGGUCUAGCUGAUAGCAAACAACCCUUUUUGUGGAUCGUCAGACCCGAUCUCGUUAAGGGUAAGGCGGCGGUUUUACCGCCUGAAUUCAUAGUCGAAACCCAAGGCAGAGGGCUGUUAGCGACCUGGUGCCAACAACGUGAAGUGCUUAAGCACCCGUCGGUAGGAGGGUUCUUAUCUCACAUGGGAUGGAAUUCAACGAUCGAGAGCAUCUCCGCCGGUGUGCCCAUGCUUUGUUUGCCGUUUUUCUCGGACCAACAAACGAACACCUGGUUAGCUUGCAAGGAGUUGGGUAUCGGCAUGGAGAUGGAUGAAGAGGUGAAGAGAGAUCAAGUGGAGAUGCUUGUUAGGGAGUUUAUGGAGGGAGAAAAGGGUGUGGAAAUGAAAGCAAAGGUCAUCGGAUUGAAGAAGAAAGCGAUGGAGGCUUCCGGUCUCGACGGUUCUUCUUCCCAGAACCUGGAUAAACUGUUAACCGACGUUCUUUCCACUCCCACGGUAUGAUAUACUGUUACUAUAUUGCUAUGUCUGAAUCGUGUCCAGGACGAGUGUGGUUGUGCCUAA